GAACACUGCAGGCUCAGAUAGCUGAACUCGAGUCGAAAACUAAACACCAAGCUAGAAACACAAAACAGGAAAAAAUAUCGCUUUUUAAAGGUUAUAAAAUGUCCGAUCCUAGUUGAAUGAGCCAGUUGUGAAGUAAUGGGACAGCAGUAUAGUUUUGCGACGAAGAUUCUUCAAGAUCAUGCUUUGGUGCUUCGAGAUUUAGCUGUUCUAAGCCAUGUUGGUCUUCUUGACACAGUGAAACACAUCAACAAAGUUUUGCAGAAUUUCUCUGAUGACAGCAUACACCAAAUCCUCUUUACCGUGAAGGAGCUAUCUGACCAUAAUUAUUUAUGGAAAGCAACAGUUAGGAUUUACUGUUUCAAGAUAGAGAAAGCAAGUGGUAUUAUUAAGACCAGGAAGGUUCUGGAUCUCCACCAGUUUUGUAAAGUCUACAGAGAUGUUCUUAAACAAGUCAGAUGUACGAAGUCAUUAGAUGAGGAUGAACAGUGGGAGGAGGUUGACAAGAAUGGMGAGACAUACCAAAGAAUAGAUUUACAGCAUGCAAGAGAAGCACUAACAGCAUCAAUGAUCAUUACCAGAGUUGAUGAAGCAAUGGCUGAAGAAAGUGACUUAGAAGAGUGCUGUAUAUGCAUGGAAAGGAAACCAGAAGUGAUUCUUUCAUGUGUGCAUUCCUUUUGCAAAAACUGCAUAGAUACAUGGAGUGUUUCUCACGGCACUUGUCCCAUCUGUCGUGACGAAGUAAAUAAUAAAGACUCAUGGGAAAUUCCUGAUGCUCCUAGCAAAGGAGAAAUUGCAAACUAUGUCAUGGGACUUGCCGAAGGAGCUGGCGAACAUACAUGACUCAGUAGAAAUGAUAAAUAAGAGUAUUUUAUUAACACUAAAUUUGUAAUGAAACAUUUUGCAGUCAUGGUAACAGUGAUUCUGUGCUAAUAUAAUAUUAGAUAAAAUUUCUAAUAUAUAUAUGGCACCAAAAGAAAUACUUAAUUGACAUGUUUAAAUAAAUAAUAAUAUGGUUAAAGAGCCCUUUUAGAAAUACCUCAAAAAAUAUUUUAGACUCAGAUUAAACUCUAAAACAAGCUCUGGGUUGAUCAAGGUUAUGGCAUGGCUACCUCAAAGAUCUAACCUUGAAUUAAAUUCAGAGAUGGAUCGAACCUUGAAAUAACCUCUUGGCUGAUCCAAGUUAAACCAACUCGCAGAAACAACCUUGAAACAACCUUUGAUCAAACUUGGAAUUUAGCUUACCAUGGGGGUUGGGGGGAACUUCUAUAUAACGAAGGGUGGGGAAGGUUGUAUCUUUYGGGGGUUGAAAUCUGAACUCCAUUUUAGGGGUGAAAAGGAAAAAGCUGCUUGUUUUUAGCACAUUUCAAAAAAAAAAUUGUUUUAAAUAACUUAUUUUGGUCUCAAAGUAGUAUCUAUUAGGGCUAAAAUCAAACCAGCUGUUAAAUCAAGUUAUCUGUUAAAUUUAUUUUUUUCUAAAAUGGAGAACCCAGAGAAAAACAAAUGAAAACACCAAUAAUUGAUAACAUCUGAGUUUGGAAAUCAAACCGAAAUCCCAAAAGUAAGAGGUGAGAGCCAUCUCACUAUGCCAUGUGCUCUCUCAUUCCCACAUAGCAUUUGCACAGCUGCUGUGCUAACAGAUAUAGAUAGUUUAGUAAAACAUUUAGCUAUUUAUUCACCAAAAUAGUCCUUAGAAAACUUAUUAAUAAUUCAUGAAGGAAACACAAUAGAAAUCAUGACCAUGAAGGAGGUUUUAUAUCUGAUAUAGAUUCGUCUUCAUUUGCAUAAACUUUAACUUGGAUUUUCUCUAUCAAACU